CUAUCUCAACAGGUUAUGAGCCCACAAGACAACGACAUGUCUUCCGAAUUCAAAAGCAAGAAUUAUAAUGUCCGAAACGAAUUAAAUGAAUCUGGCUCGAAUUGGCUAGACUGGUCAAACGACGUGAUUGUUGAACUCCGUCGUCGUCAACUCAAGAAAUACAUCGAUCACGAGAAUCCACCAGCAACUAAUGCUCCUGCUCCCGCCACUUCCGCAUCUGCUGCACCUCCGGCCACCGGCGCCACCGCCACGCCCGCAACCGCACCUGUAGCUAUCGACGAACAAGCUAUGAAGGAUACAGCAUUCUCAAUCUUAUGGGCUACUACUCAUACUCAUCAUCACCGUGGACAUAUUGACGCGUCGCCAAAGGCGUUUUGGGAUGCUCUAAAGAAUAAUUUCGAGAUGAUCUCCAAGGCAACUGCUCCUAUGACAAAGAAGAACUGGGAAGAUAUCAAGAUCAAGGACUUUGAUAGGAUCAUCUCUUACAAUCAGGCUAUUCAACGCGUGAAGGCCGAACUUGCUGCUUUGCCUGAACCUCCGGAACAUUUGUACAGUGACGCAGCACUGUUAUUGAAGACUUUCGAUGGAUUCCCCGAUGGAUCUGAUAUAUUCCGUCGACUACUUGAAGGAAACAGUAACUACAAUACAUAUGCCAAGGUCAUUAGCUACUUAGUUACUUGUGAAAGUCAAUCUAAUACUCACGGACAAGACGUUUUUGGCCGCCCACUCAAACCCAAGGGUCCAACAACCGCUGAUACUAGAACAACAGAUGAAAAGGGAAAGGCCCCGCCAGCCACGUUUGCUACUGAUGGCCGAGGUAGAGGUCGCGGCCGUGGUCGUGGUCCCGGUCGUGGUAAGCGAGGUCAACGUGGAAACUACCGUAGUAGAGGUCGUGGUGAUUCUCAACGGGGGAGAGGUCGUGGCGGACAUUCUAGAGGAAAUUCUAGCUCUCCUGGUCGUAGGGAUAUUAGUCAAGAUCUUUGCUACAAAUGUGGAGUCAAAGGUCAUCAUAAGAAUGCAUGCCCUUCCCAUCGUAGUAAAACCCAGGAAGAUCGCUACGAUGAUGCUGACAUGGACUAUGAAGCUGCUCCUUAUAAUCCUCGACAGGCUGCAAGACCACCUGCCAGUAACAACUAUGCAGAACAGGGUGGUGCUGACAACUAUCACAUUCCUGGAACUAUCCCAUCUAUCUUCAUGAUCGAGGUCUAUAAUGAAUCUAUUAUCGAUGUUGAAAUCCCUGAUGUUGAAAUCUACAAUACUUUGCCAGUCGCUCUACACCAUGCACUAUUGGAUUCUGGCAGUACUCACUCCAUUUUCAGUGACAAAAGUCUAUUUGAGAACUACCGUGAGGUCUCUGAUGGUUUGGUUAAAACUAUUGCCGGAUAUAAGUAUAUCUUUGUAGGUGAAGGAACCGUUACUCUACAUCUUUGGUCUCCCUUACGUGAUAAACCAAUUAUUCUACGUGUCAAGAAUGCCAAAUACGCGCCCAAGUCUACUCAAAACAUUCUCGCCAUCAAGGAUAUUCAUAAAUCUAGCUACUCCUUUCACCAGCCGGCUUCUGGUCUACCUUAUAUUUCCACCGACUACGACAAGGAAUGGCAAUUUCCUGUUAAUCUGGAUCAUAGAGGUCUCCCCGUAAUCGAUAUAACCAAUGUAGAAAUUCGGAUUGAGGACAAUACACCAAUUAGCGCUUAUGUAGAUGAUUCGGAACCAUACCAUAUUUGGCACUCCAGACUGGGGCAUCUGUCUCCGACUACGAUGCGCUCUAUGAUUCACAAUCAAGCCACGCGUGACCUGCCGUUAAGAAUAUUCCAAACACGACGAUCAACACACAGCAACUGCAGCACUUGUGACAUCUCAAAAAUGACUAGAGCCAAGUUUGGUACCGCACCAAGAAAAGACUAUCAAAUCCUUGAGCGAAUUGACGUUGAUAUUCAAGGUCCCAUCUCUCCUAAAUCUAUGGGCUGUGGUUAUGCCCUUGUGGUCAUUGACUAUAGAACGCGAAAGUCUGUGGUUACGCUCAUGGACACUAGAAGCAAAGCUAUGGCUUCAAUACUCUCUAGCAUUUUUCGACUUCAAGGCCCAUUCCCAACAAACCGUAUUCAAACAAUUCGACUCGACAAUGCAGCUGAAUUUAAAUCUCAGGAUUUUCAAGAUUAUUGUAGUGCUAAUGGUAUCACACUCGAGUAUUCGACACCAUAUGUACCACAGCAGAAUGGCAUCGCCGAGGCUUUCAAUAAGAAGGUCUCAACUGUGGCUAGAUCAUUACUAUUAGCAUCCAAUUUACCUAUAGAGUGUUGGGGUCAUGCUAUGCUACACGCAAACACACUUAUAUCUGUGUGGCCAAUGUCUGCUCUUAACGAACAGUCGCCAGAUGAGGCUUACUACGGCUACAAACCUUCGGUUUCUCAUUUCAAGGUUUUUGGCAGUGCAGUGUUUACACCAAUACCUAAUUCGAUGAAAACCAAGUUUGAGAGAACUCGUCGACUUGCUAUCUAUGUGGGUGCCGAUAGAACACAGAACAUUCAAGUAUUAGACCCUGAAACCGGCCGCUUAUAUACUGCACGAUCCAAGGACUGUCGAUUCAACGAAAGUAUUUAUCCUACACUACUCAAGAAACCUUCGUAUUUCAUAACAUCCAACCAAGGAACUUUGACUUCUGCAUUUACGCCAAAAAGUACUGAAGACUACGACGCUUCAUUGGCAGAAGGUCAUCUUCAACGUAUAUUGCAGCUGAAAGCAUCAAACAUCUAUCAUCCCAUAUCGGUCACCUACAAUCCACCGACAAAAAGGACUACUUCGCAGAUGGUACCCAUAUUACUACCAAGUCAACCAUCACCUACUCCUGCUGCACCAUCACAAACCACGCAGGAAUCACAAGAUGAUGUCCUAGAGUCACCUAAGAAGAGAAGACGUUCUCAAAAAGGGACUCAAGAAUCGACUGAUAUAGAGUCGAAUCAACCACUCGGUGAGGUUGAAAAGAAGCGUGAGACUAAGAGACAGACAGCUCUGAGAGAGCGAAAAGAGUCUCAGAAGGGUACUUCGAGUACUAGUGAUGCAGCAGGUAGUACUGUUGCCAACCACGCCUUGUCUACCGACGACAACCCAACCUCCGUCGCUCAAUGUCGAAAAUCUCUGGAGUGGCAUGCAUGGAAUCAAGCUAUACAAGCCGAAUUACAGUCACUACGAGGUCGACAAGUGUUUUCAGAACCGAUGGAACUACCGAAAAACCAGAAAGCGAUAGGAUUUCGAUGGGUUUUUGUGAAGAAAUUCAAGGAUGGAAAGGUUGUUAGAUAUAAGGCACGUUUAGUCGCGCAAGGAUUCAAUCAACGACCAGGAUUUGAUGUGUUUGCUACCUAUUCACCGGUCUUGGACCAACCAACGUAUCGUCUACUACUCGCCCUCGCUCGGACACUCGAUUUUGCUAUGGAUAACAUGGAUGUCAUCACCGCGUAUCUUUAUGGUGAUCUUCACGAGACGAUCUAUAUGAAGCUACCUGAUGGAAUGUCAUCGCCGAAACAUAUUCGAAACCCGGUGGUAAAGAUAACCAAAUCGCUCUACGGUCUGCGUCAAAGCGGCAGACAGUGGUAUAACAAACUUGCUACGGAACUCACCAGGCACGGGUACAAGACCACAACCAUAGAUCCUUGUGUCUUCUUCAAGAAAACGUCAUUGGGGCGUGUCAUUACUAGUGUUUACGUGGAUGACAUUAAUGUAUUUGGUGACACAUCCGCUCAAAUCGCCGCCAAACAGGAACUUAAAUCCAGUUUUCAGAUGACCGAUCUUGGAACUUUACGAUCGUGUAUAGGGAUUAGUGUCGAACACCUCGAAUCUGGUGUUUUUAUUCAUCAGUCGACCUUGAUUCAGAACAUUCUCACCAAAUUUGGCAUGGACAAAUGUAUGAGGACUCGUCGAAACCCUCUAGAAGUGCGAAAGUUAGGGUUGGAUAUCUAUGGGCCACGUAUGAAAACAGAAUUACCUUUAUCCAUGCAUCAUCCCUACUCCUCCGCCAUAGGCAGUUUAUCUUAUCUUGCGAACACCACACGACCGGACAUUUCUUUUGCUGUGAAUCUGCUAGCACGACACACCCACGAUCCCACGAUACGUCACUGGCAUGGAAUCAAACAUGUACUUCGAUAUCUGAAGUUUACGAUGGACUGGGGAUUACUCUACAGUAAGAAAAGGUGGGACAUUGUUGGAUUUGCAGAUGCCGGGUAUCUUUCAGAUUUUGCUAGUGGCAAAUCACAGUCUGGCUAUGUAUUUACUGUUAAUGGAACCGCAUUUUGCUGGAGGUCUACGAAGCAGACAAUCGUCGCUACAUCCACUACUCAAUCUGAAAUUAUUGCUCUAUACGAAGCCGCAAAGGAGAUCACUUGGAUCAGAACUUUUAUGAAAGAACUCCGCCAGGGUCUAGAAUUACCCAUACAACAACCUCCGACUGUGAUCUUUGAAGACAAUUCAGCAUGUAUUAAGCAAAUCACGUCUGGCUUUAUCAAGUCUGAUGCCACCAAGCAUGUAUCUCCCAAGUUUUAUUACACCACAGAACUCAUAGAUCAGGGGGAGAUAGAAGUUAGACCGAUUAGCAGUACGGACAACUUAGCAGAUCUAUUCACCAAGACUUUGGCUGCUCCAAGACAUCUAGAACUAUGCCAUAAGAUCGGUUUAAGAAGUCUAUGUGAACUACAAGGCAAACCAAGAAAACACGUCAGUUUCAACCUCCACACAACAAGUCAUUAA